UUCAUCAUGCAUUAUUGCAUUACAUCCAAACUACUGUAAUAAUUUAGCCUUAUACUGCUCUCAUCAGUCAUCACACAUUCACACCAACACAUUUUUCAAGCUAAGAUGCAUUAUUCUCAAUUUACUCGGUGGAGUUUGGCUCUACAUUUUCUUCUACUAAUGAUUUGUUAUGCCGCAAUUGGAGAAAACGUUGCAAGCAAUCCAAACGAUGAAGGAAGCCAUGAACAUCAUCAUCAUCAAGGCCAUUCAACAACACCACACAUGGAUCAUUCAGUGCAAGUAUUUUUCACCCCUAAAGACCUUAAACUAGGAAAUAUAAUACCUAUCUUCUUUAGAGGCCGAAACCCUUCUUCGAGUUCUCCUCAUUUUCUUCCUAGGGAAGAAGCCAAGUUAAUACCUUUCUCACCAUCUAAACUCCCUUAUCUUCUUAAACUUUUCGGCUUUUCUCAAGCUUCGUCUCAAGCUAAAGCCAUGGAAGAUACUCUAAGACAAUGCAUCAUAGUAAAACCUAUCCUAGGAGAGACUAAAUUUUGUGCAACUUCCUUAGAGUCUAUGCUCGAUUUUGUGCAUAAGAUUUUCGGACCAACAACAAAAUUUAAGGCCUUGACCACCCAAAACUUUGCGAAAUCUGGUAGUAUUUUACAAAAUUAUACCAUAGUAGAUGAACCUAUAGAAAUACAAGCUCCGAAAACAGUUGCUUGUCACACCAUGCCUUUCCCAUACGUUGUGUACUAUUGCCACCACCAAGAAAGCGAAAGCAAAGUGUUUCAAGUUUCAUUAAAAGGUGAAGAAAAGGGAAGUGAUAGUAUUGUACAAGCUGUUGCUGUUUGUCAUAUGGAUACCUCUCAAUGGAGUCCUAACCACUUCUCGUUUCGAGUUCUAGGAAUCAAGCCUGGUUCAUCGCCAAUUUGCCAUUUCUUUCCUGCUGAUAAUCUUGUUUGGGUGCCAAUAAUAUCUAAUUUUGAGGGCUUAAGAGGAAGUGUUUCAAGUAUGUAAAAAUUUGAUUAGCUUGUAUGCUAUUCUGUUAACGGAGUAAUAAUAAUUGUUGGGGAAUUUAUAGUACGUUUCCAAUUGAUUAGUAUAGAAAUCUGUGUAAUAUCAGUUGAUGAAUUGAAUGUUU